CGCAUCGCGUUGCCGGAUCGAGCUCGCCUCUCUCUCUCUCUCUCUCUCGAACCUCGCCUCGCCGCACGGCACAAAAGAGCUCGGCCGCGCCCUCAUCCCAUCCACACGUUUCCGCCUCCCGAUCCACAGCCGCCGCCGCUGCCGCCGACACAGCACCGCUCCCUUCCCCUCCCCCACCACCGGCGAGUCCCCCUGCCCUCGUCGCAGCCGAGGCCGGCCGACCAACCGACCGACCAGCACCGCUCCUUCCUUGCCAGGCGGCGCGGGCGCGGCGCGCACCGCGAACGAGCGAGCCGCGCGGCGGUGCUCUCGUUGCCCUCUGAGGGGAGGCGGUUCGUGGGUUGCGCGGCGCGGAGGAUGGCGUCGAGCGCGGCGUCGGAGGCGGCCGGGCGAAUGAUGGAUGACGACCACGACGGCUGGGCGUCGGACGGCGAGGUAGACGUGGAGAUGGAGGUGGGAGGCGAGGGCCACGGCCUCGAUGCCGACCGGAGGGACGGCGGCGCGGACGACGACGACGCGUACUCGCUGGUCACUAGGGUAAGUGACACAUCAGCAGCCGAAGCAAGGGCAGGAAAGGAUAUACAAGGUAUACCAUGGGAUAGGCUAAACAUAACCAGGCAGGACUACAGAAAAGCUAGGUUGGAACAGUAUAAAAACUAUGAGAACUUCCCUCAAUCUGGAGAACUCAUGGAUAAGUUGUGCAAGCAAGUGGAGCCAAGCAGCAAGUAUUACGAGUUUCAGAACAAUACUAGAUCAGUGAAACCAUCGUUUCUCCAUUUUCAGCUUAGGAAUUUGUUGUGGGCAACCUCAAAGCAUGAUGUCUAUUUUAUGUCGGAGUCCACAGUAGGCCACUGGUCACCAUUGUCUCACAAAUUGUCAACGGUUCUUGACUUCUCAGGGCAUGUUGCUCCAGCAGAGAAGCAUCCUGGCAGUUUACUAGAAGGGUUCUCUGGGGUUCAAGUCAGCACACUUGCUGUUAAUGAGGGUUUAUUGGUAGCUGGUGGUUUUCAAGGGGAACUGAUUUGCAUGGGGUUAGCGGACCGCAAUGUGAAAUUCUGUACAAGGACAACUUUGAGCGACAACGCUAUAACGAAUGCCAUAGAUAUACACAGAUCGACAAGUGGAAGCUUGCGCAUUACGGUAUCCAAUAAUGAUUGCGGUGUCCGUGAAUAUGACAUGGAAAGAUUUCAGCUCUUGAACCACUUCCGUUAUAACUGGCCGGUGAAUCACACAUCUGUGAGCCCGGAUAGGAAACUUUUGGCGGUGGUUGGAGAUGAUCGGGACGCUCUUCUCGUGGAUUCACGAAAUGGGAAGGUAACCUCUACCCUAGUCGGCCAUCUGGACUACUCAUUCGCAACGGCAUGGCACCCGGAAGGGCUUACCUUUGCGACAGGGAACCAGGAUAAAACCUGCCGCGUCUGGGACUUGCGCAACUUGUCGACCUCCCUCGCGGUCCUUCGGGGCAACAUUGGCGCGAUCCGGUGCAUCCGCUACUCCUCCGAUGGGAGGUUCCUGGUGUUCUCGGAGCCUGCCGACUUUGUGCACGUGUACAGCGCCGCUGCGGACUACAAGAAGCGGCAGGAGAUCGACUUCUUCGGGGAGGUGUCCGGGAUCACGCUCAGCCCCGAUGACGAGUCCCUGUUCAUCGGGGUCUGCGACCGUGUCUACGCCAGCUUGAUGCAGUACAAGAUGAAGCAUGCGUUCGAUUAUCUUGACUCGUACGUGUGAAGAACUGAAUAUCCCGUGUUGUCUGUCUGGUGCUCGCUGUCGGUCACUGCUCUCAGGUGGCGGUUCUGGUGCGCGAUUCAGGGAAUGUAUCUGCCUGUUCUUGUGCGCUUUUCAGGGAAUGUAUCUGCCUGUUCUUGUGCGCUAGCCGAUGGUUUACGGCGAGUUGGGACUCGGGCGAGCCUGCCGUGUAAAUAGUUUAGCAGUUGAAGCAUAAUGUUGAGGACCUUAACUGUCUGAACAUAUAUAAGCAGAUUAAUGUAUGUUUGCCGCUGUUAGUUUCAGACUCCAGAA